GCCUCAGACGAUGGUGACGGGAGUAAUGGAGGCGGCGGAGAAUCCGUGGUCGGGGCCGGAGCCGAAUCCGCCGGCAUCGGCUCCAUCGGGCGAUGGUGAGCAGAAAUUACUGAAAGGCAGUCUGGAUGGGAACGAUCAGUGCGCCGUGCAGAAGGGGUCCACACGAGCCCGUGGCCUACAUGCCGAUGAGACUGCAGUAGAGGAGGCGAUUGCCGACUGCCCCAGCCCCUGCGACAGGGACUCAGGCGAGGAAUCAGCGGCAGACACUCCAGGCUCAAGUGACGGAGCCACUGUAGAGGACCCGGCAGCCGAUUCCACUGGGGACACGGGUGAGGAGUCAGCAGCCGAUUCUACUGGGGAGGAGUCAGCAACUGAUUCCAAAGGCCCAAAUGACAGUGGAGAGGAAUCGGCAGCAGAUUCCACAGGACCAAGUGAUGGGGACACUGUAGAGGAGGCAGCAGCGGACAGCCCUGGCCCCUGUGAUGGGGACACUGUAGAGGAGGCAGCAGCAGACAGCCCUGGCCCCUGUGAUGGGGACACUGUGGAGGAGGCAGCAGCGGACAGCCCUGGCCCCUGUGAUGGGGACACUGUGGAGGAGGCAGCAGCGGACAGCCCUGGCCCCUGUGAUGGGGACACUGUGGAGGAAGCAGCAGCGGACAGCCCUGGCCCCUGUGAUGGGGACACUGUGGAGGAGGCAGCAGCGGACAGCCCUGGCCCCUGUGAUGGGGACACUGUGGAGGAGGCAGCAGCGGACAGCCCUGGCCCCUGUGAUGGGGACACUGUGGAGGAGGCAGCAGCGGACAGCCCUGGCCCCUGUGAUGGGGACACUGUGGAGGAGGCAGCAGCGGACAGCCCUGGCCCCUGUGAUGGGGACACUGUGGAGGAGGCAGCAGCGGACAGCCCAGGCCCCUGUGAUGGGGACACUGUGGAGGAGGCAGCAAUGGACAGCCCUGGCCCCUGUGAUGGGGACACUGUGGAGGAGGCAGCAGCGGACAGCCCUGGCCCCUGUGAUGGGGACACUGUGGAGGAAGCAGCAGUGGACAGCCCUGGCCCCUGUGAUGGGGACAUUGUAGAGGAAGCAGCAGCUGAUUCCACUGGCCAAAGUGAUGGGGACAUGAGGGAGGAAGCUGCUGCAGGCAGUCCUGGCCAUUGUGAUAUGGACACCGUAGAGGAGGCAGCUGCUGAUAGCCUUGGUCCGUGUGAUAUGGACACCGUAGAGGAGGCGGCUGCUGAUAGCCUUGGUCCGUGUGAUAUGGACACUAUAGAGGAGGCGGCUGCUGGUGGCCUUGGUCCGUGUGAUAGGGACACUGUGGAGGAGACGGCUGCUGGUAGCCCUGGACCCUGUGAUACAGACACUGUAGAGGUGACGGCUGCUGGUAGCCCUGGCCCCUGUGCUACAGACACUGUAGAGGAGAUGGCUGCUUGUAGUCCUGGUCUGUGUGAUGAUACUGUGGACAGUCCCAGCCCACGUGACUGUAAUGAAGUAGAGAAGUCAGCUGCUGAAAGUCCAAGUCCGUCUGGUGUUCAGAGCACAGCAGGAGAACUAUCUGGAAGUCUUAACCCGCCUUGUGAUCAGGAUAUUGUGCCAGAGGUGGAAAUAGGUGGGCCGAGCAUUGACAAGGAUAUUGCAGAAGAAUCAGCCAAUGAGUGCACUAGCCUGGGUGCUGGUGGUCAGGACACUGUAGGUGAGCUAGCUGCCGAUUCUUCCAGUAGUACGAUGCUGCAGGAGGGAGUGCCACAGCUCCCAGAGAGCUCCAGUGGGCCAGAGCAUGUGGUAGACAAAACACUGGCCAACUCUGACAGUGUGGACUACACAACAACAGAGGGCACCGCUGCUGCUGUGGAUGAGUAUGGGCAGGGCAGCAGUGAGUACGGGGCCUUGGAGUCCGAGGGCAGCAUCCCGCCGUACCCAGCAGACUUUGAGAAAUACUGGAAGAUAGUGGAGGAUAAUCCAUACGAUUUCACUGGAUGGACAUACGUCUUGCAGUACGUGGAACAAGAGAAUCACAUCUGGGCCGUGCGGAAGGCGUUUGAUGCAUUCUUCGCCCGCUACCCCUACUGCUAUGGCUACUGGAAGAAAUAUGCUGACAUUGAAAAGCGUUUGGGGUUCACCAAAGAGGUUGAGGAGGUUUACCAGCGAGGUCUCCAGUCCAUCCCACUGAGUGUCGACCUGUGGGUUCAUUACAUCACUUACCUGCAGGAAGUCCUUGAGGCUACCAAUCCUGAAACUCCUGCUAAACUUCGAAGUGUGUUUGAAAUGGCAUUGGCUGCCGCCGGUACCGAUUUCCGCUCUGACCGACUCUGGGACCUGUACGUGAACUGGGAGAAGGAGCAGGGACAGCUGAAGGCCGUGACUGCCAUUUACGACCGGGUGCUGUCGAUACCCACGCAACUCUACAGCCACCACUUUGAGAAGUUUAAGGAACACGUGCAGAACUACUCACCGAAGGACAUCCUGUCCACCGACGAGUUCCUCAAGCUGAGGUCAGAGGUUGUGACCAGCCUAACGGUGGCAGAAGCGGAUUGUGACGAGGGUCCCCCUGGAGAUGACCCUCCCCCUGGAGUGGGGACCACUGACGAGGAGAAGGCUGACACGGAGCUGGAGAAGAUCCGAGCGCACCUAGUGGCCACUCGGCACGAGAUGUACCUACUGAACGAGGAGGAAGUCAGCAAGAGGUGGAAUUUCGAGGAGGCGAUUAAGAGGCCGUACUUCCACGUCAAGCCUCUCGAAAGAGUGCAGCUGAAAAACUGGAAGGACUACCUGGAUUUCGAGAUUGCCAGCGGCACCAACGAGCGGGUUCUGGUAUUGUUCGAGCGUUGUAUGAUCGCCUGUGCUCUGUACGAGGACUUCUGGAUCAAGUAUGCCAAAUACCUGGAGAACCACAGUGUCGAGGGGGUCCGUAAUGUUUUCCAGCGGGCCUGCAUGGUCCACCUGCCUAAGAAGCCCACCCUGCACUUGCUGUGGGCCGCCUUCGAGGAGCAGCAAGGUGACCUCGAGGAAGCCCGGCGUAUCCUCAAGUCCUUUCAGAUGGUGGUGCCCGGCCUGGCUAUGGUGCUCCUGCGGCGCGUGAGCCUGGAGCGUCGCUGUGGGCACCUGGACCAGGCGGAGGAGCUCCUGCGGGAGGCCAUCGAGCAGCACAGGGACACGGCCCUGGCCUCCUUCUUCUCCAUCAAGCUGGCGAGGCAGCUCCUGAAGGUGCAGAAGAGUCUGGUGAAGGCCAGGAAGGUGCUGCUGGAGGCUGUCGAGAGGGACAAGGAGAACACCAAACUGUACCUGAACCUGUUGGAGCUGGAGUUCAGCGGUGAUGUCCGAGUGAACGAGGCCAACAUCUUAGGCUGCUUCGAGCAGGUGCUUAUCAGCUCCCUCCCCCUUGAGACCAAAAUCGUCUUCUCCCAGCGGAGAGUGGAGUUCCUGGAGGAUUUUGGCUGCAACGUACAGACAUUACUACACGCCUACGAUGAACAUCAGAAACUCCUCAAGCAGAAUUCCAGUAAGAAGCGAGCGGCUGAGAAUGGUACCGAGGAGCCGGAGGAGAAGAAGGCGAGGGUGGAUGAUUCCUCUACAGGCAGCAUAGCGAGCACAGCAACAACCACCACCAACUCCACGGCCCUAAUGAGCGGAGAUGUAACCAGCAGCCAGGCGGCGUACAACUACAGUGCGUGGUAUCAGCCUUACGGAUCGUAUGGAUAUCAGAACCCGUGGAACUACAGUCAAUAUUACUCGCACAGCUGAGACGCACUGGACCUGAGGAAUGUGAACUGUGUACAUACUGAAACCAAGGGACCCAUUUUCUGUUUUCUCCCUGUCUUUUCUAACACCCCCUCCCCCACCAGCCAACCACACCCUACACCCCCCCCCCCCCCACUUCCCCCAGCCAUCAAACACCACUCCCACAACUCGGAACAGGAAGACACAGCAGGACAGAGUCAAUCUGCCAGGCGUUUUGUGUCUUUUGUGCGGGUGUGAUGUUACCGUGAAAAGAUGUCACGUUCUGGGAGAUUGUUGCGUGCAGUUCCUUUCGCAGUCCCUGUUUACAGUUUUCCAGUUGUACCCCCUCUGCCCCUCUUUCGUUAUUUAUUUUGGAUGGAGGGAGGGGGGGGGGGUGGGGUUGGGGGGGUGCGGAGAGAAGAGAAAGCGAGAGCGGGUGGUCAGCCCGUCUAGGAGGCAUCGGGUGGGUUGCAUCAGCGCCGUCUCCCGAGUGAUCUCUGGCGUGUCGUUGUCCUGUGUCGGCUCGUUCGGCACGGUGGGAGUUCGGAGCAGGUUACUCCUACCCCCCACCCCACCCCACACGCUCCCCACCACCACACCCCCAAGAUGGUGUAUGUACCCAAUAAACCCUGCUCGAGAAGGGCAUUCCCCCCCCCCCCCCCCCCGGCAGUCUGUGCGUCAGGAGAGGCGGGCAGAACGCAGUGCUAGAACUGGUGAGGCUGCUGCGUAUCUCCACCGCCGUGGUUUCUGCUUUAAAAAAUCACCCCCCCCCCAACGGCAGUGCGUGGUGCAUGGCGAGAGGAGAGAGGAGGCUUCACGCUUGGCAUGGACGCGGCAGCCUGCAGCGGGUCGGUGCCCGAGAUUCCAGGCUGGGGAUUCUGGGCGCCGAACGGGAGCCACGGGAGAAGCCGGUUUCCACUCUGAAGGCCGACCGACACCCCCCCCCCAAACAACGCAGUCUCUCUUAUCAACUCCGCUUCGCCGUGUGCGUUUUGCACUGAAUCUGUUUCGUACCCUCGUAAAAGCACAAAUCCUCGUGCAGCUCGAGGCAUUCGGAGAUGGGAGUAGCAUUGAGCAUUGUGACCCAAAGUCAUCUCCGCCCCCCCCGCCUCAGCCUGACCCAGUGCAACAGGGAAAGCCCCUGACUGACUGGGCACAUUCUCUCCC